AUGUUUGAUCUAAUUAUGGAGGUCAUCGGGGCAAUCGAGCACGAGGUAGACGAGAUCCUUAACUGGCUAGCUGUCCUUUGGAUGAUCUUCACCUCGGCAUUCUUCCUCUACGUCUUGAUCACCAAUCCAUUCUGGCGUUCGGACAGCAAGAACUACAUCAUAGCGGAUCAGGCCGAGCUGUCGCGCCUCUUUCAAAUCGCGAGGGACGCUGGCAAUUUCGACGAAAAACGGGUGCGUGCUGCCUACGAUGAUUACCAGCAGGCCACGGUCAAGUACCUUGGCGACUUGGAAUCGCUCAGCUUUUGGGACUGGCGACGGGAAGAGGCCGUUUGCGACGAGUACAAGGCACACCUGGUUUUCAAAAUUGAUUCGUUGCGGUCGGUACUCCGUGUCAAGGACAGGGUAUUUAACAUCAAGUAUUGA